AUGGGACCUUCCGGCCUCCUGCUCUUCCUCUCCAUGGGCUCUGCUCUGUUCCCCAUCUCCCUGCCAAUGGGAUCUAUCAAGCUUCCUAUAGGCCAGGGUCCUCUCCCUUCUUUGACCUCAAAUAUUUGCGGCCCUCAUCCCGUCUCCGGCACUUGUCUUUCCGAGAUUACGCGUUGGUUUUACAGUCCGGAACAGAGGAAGUGUGAGAACUACUUCUAUUGCGGAGGGAAUCCGAAUAACUUCAUGACACUGGAGGACUGCAAGCGUGCCUGUUCCCUCUCAGCUCAGCUCAGGCCCAGCUCCUGCCCGCCCCCCUCGGCCUUCCCGAAGAAGAGUUGCCGCGAUUUCUGCUCUGCGCACGGCGACUGCUCGGGUGACCGGCUCUGCUGCGACACUGGCUGCGGGCACCAGUGUCACCUGGCUGUAGGAGCCAUCCGUGGCUACUGCCCCUGGCGGAACCCCCUGGACAGCCACCCGCUCCUCUGCGGCUCCAGCUGCCAACAGGAUGCUGACUGCACCCUCGCUUACCCCGGGAGGAAGUGCUGCCGGUACGGCUGCGUCGAGACCUGCGUGCCGCCCGUGGAAGAGCACCCAGGUGCCUGCCCCAAGAUGCCCGUGAUACAGACCGUCGAACCGUGCCGCAACGCCUGUGCCGAUGACCGGCAGUGUCCACCGAAGAAGAAAUGCUGCUUCGACGGCUGCCGCCUCUCCUGCCUGGACCCAGUGCGCUAUUCGCAAUGCCAUCUGCCUGCCAAGCCGGGACCCUGUCCGGCAGUGCACCACCGGUACUUCUACAACCGGAGCCAGGGCCGCUGCCAGCUCUUCUUGUACGGCUGCAUGGGCAACACCAACAACUUCAGGAGCAUGAGCGAGUGCCAGAGAGCCUGCGGCAGGAGCCAGCCAUGUAGGCCAGCCUUUUCUCCCGAGAAUCCGGAAGGGGCAGCAGCCGCCAUUGGCAUCGGCACAAAGAAGCUGCUGAUUAAAUCCCCUCAGCCAGAACAGGGAGACGGGCGAGGCAGGGGGCCACCUGCGACCCCAAUCAAGGCAUCUGAUUGA